UUGGUGCAACGAAUGUCCACAAAAGAAUUGUCAACAUACAGCGGAGAGCGCACGAUUGGCAGCACAAUGGUUGGACGGAAAGGACAGGCCACGGUUCUCAUAUCUGGAUAAAAUGUUUUUAAAAUAACCGAAACUCGGCAUUUGCCAUUCGGAAGCUCGUCACGAAACUUGAUGAAUAUCAAAUAAUAUUCAUUUUGCAAUCAAAUUAAUCAACACAGAGUGGCAAAGUGUAUCUGUUAACAAUCAGCAAAUCAUUUUUCACAUGUGUUCAUCUGCAGUGAGUGAACGGGCGUAAAAUCGAUCAAACAUAAGCAAGAAAACUGGAAAAAGUCUACAAAAUUAAGGGUGAAUUUUACCAUAUUUCUCCUGUAAUCCGUGUUUUGAAGCUCAGCUCCAGCAUUUUCUGCCAAAUAGUGAUUGAUUAGAUGAGCUCUAUCGUUUAAACACAUGAUUUAAAACAAUGGUUCCUGUUUGAAGAAAAAAGGUUGAAAACAAGGAAGUAAACUGAAAAGGAGGAUUCGUAUGUACAUUCAGUGUCAGUUAACUUAAUUUUGUUUGUAAUAUGAAAAAGGUGAUGCAUAUCGAUAUAUAUAAUGCAUAUUAAAAUGAAGGUUUGCCACUUAUAUUUUACAUACGAAAUUUAUGUUUUUACGAUUUGAGUGUAUCGGUACAUGAAGACGAUCAUCAGCGUCCAAAAAGGAGCAUAUCAAUAACCAGAUAACUGUAUAUGCAAACGAGAGAUCGAUCACGAAGAUUGUGAAAAUCACGUUUAACCUGAACGACGCUGUCCGUCUAUUGAGCGCUCAAGUUUUUCAAGUAUUAAAUCCCCAUAUAUUAUGAGCGGUCGUCGUUUCCGACUUCGAGAACAUAUUUAAAGAAGUUUCUUUUAGGUCCAAUGAAUCAUUUGUCUAGCAUGUUCUGAGCCGAUUUCUACAGAAAAACUUCCAUGUUAAAGAUGCACAGUAUAUCCGUUUGCUCCAACGGGCAUCGGAGGAAAACUUAUUGAUUCUUGGAAAUUCUUCAGAAUAACUUUAACAAAAUAGCAUUUUUGCUGAAAACUAAUUGUAGAAAGAACAUAUUCUGAUAGUAUUAGAGAUUCUUUUAGAAAUUUUCCUGUCGUACGAAUUCUUUUAAUUCUUACGGGUAGAUUCUGCACCUUUGACUGUCAUUUUUAAUUAGUGUCCUAAUUAUUAUCAUUGACCGACCGGUAUGGUUCCCUCUUCUUACGUUGGUUUCCAAAAAAUGCUUCUAAAUCGCAGUCCUCUUAUACAAAACCACGUUUUCUUAGAAAAUCGCGGUUUUUCUACUUCUAAUGAGAUGGAAGUAGAAAGUGGGCCAUCAGUAGAGUCCUGUGGGACAAACUUUUCUGUGACCCCGAGUCCGAAGGUAAAAAUUUUUGUCGCGUCCCGUAAGCCCGAGCUCAUGAGCAGAUAAUGUUGUCCAGAACCCGUCUGUCCGGUGAAAAAUUAGCCGUACUAGUAGUAGUACCACAAACACGAUGACAUUUUUUUCUUCGUAUAAAUGUUAAUUACAGAGAAUAUAAGCCCCGAGCCCAUGAGUACAAGCCCGUAAACUUUUUUUGUAUCGAUCCCGUCUGUCCAACGGGACCGGACAGACGGAAUGGGAUUCGGGGCUGCCUCCCAGGAGUCUAGCCGUCUGUCAAGGGCUCGGAGAAGAGCUAUAGGUUAAUUAAUCAGCACUGCGGUUACACUUGAUUCAGAAGAGCAACACGUUGAACCGCGAUUGAGCAAAUGUAUCCAGGUGGACGGUGGUUACGCUUGAAAUCGCGAGAAACAAGGCGUUAACCACUUAAACGCAUGCCGGUGUAUGUAAUGGUACAGGAUCCUAAAAAUAACAGUUUGUGAUACUAUUUUCUUCUAAAAAGAAUCAAACAUUUUCAAUAAUUAGUUUAUUUAACAAUUUCCGAAAUAAUAUGGGAGACUACGGGAGGUUAUGAGAGCGCAUAGAAUAUUAUCAAUUACUUACAUGUAACCUUUCUCUUUUCUUUGUUCAUUUACCUUGUCAUAAAUUAAACGAAAGAUAAGAAUUAUAGUAUCUUUAUGUUAUAUAAAAUCAUAUGUACGAAAUUACUUUGUUAUAUGUAACAUCGUUUGUUUGAAAACUUUCGAAGGUUUGAUUCCGAAUUCCCCUUGUCGCCACAGUGACAACCAAAACAAUUAGUGCCAUAGAGCCUGUAUAGUACUGAUGGUGUUAAAUGCCGUGGACUAUAAGCAGAUGCUGCACAACACAUGCGACGCCUUCUUAUUACCUAUACGGCAUUGUUCCGACAAUCUUAGUGGCACAUUUUAUGAGUCGCACGAUACUCUCCUGAUUUAGUUUUGUAUGACAUGAGCAUAAGUAUUUGCAAAAAGAAAACGCAUUCCUUCGUAACCCCUAGCUAAACUCAAUUGCAGCCCACCGAAUUUUUACGCAAAAACACUCGAAAAUUUUCAAACAAACGAUGUUACAUAUAUCAAAGUAAUUUCGUACAUAUGAUUUUAUAUAACAUAAAGAUACUAUAAUUCUUAUCUUUCGUUUAAUUUAUGACAAGGUAAAUGAACAAAGGAAAGAGAAAGAGUACAUAAAUAAACAUAAUUGUACUCCAUAUGAGCAAGGAAAAACAGUUGAAAUCAAAGAAUUAUUUUCACAUGAAAAUGGUAAUAAAAAAUUUGUAGGAAAUCCAAAUGAUCCAAUUGAAUGGAUAAAAAUUGGUAAACAUAUUGAUCAAGACGCCAAAGCAAUUCGAUCAAUGUUAAAAUCUUAUUCUCAUCGAUAUAAAUAUAAUAGUAAGAGUAAAAUGAAAGUAGAAAUGAUUGAUUUGGGCAAUUACAAAGGUAUCGAAAAGAUUAUACGAUAUUUUGAUCAAGCUAAUGAAACACAUUUCAAUCCAGAAGAUCGAAAUCAGCAUCAAUUAUUAUAUAUUCUUAAUCUUAUCUGUUGUCACCCUAAUUUUAAUGAAUAUGAAUUUCAAGGUCAAACAUAUCGUGGUAUGAAAAUGGAUGCCGAUGAUUUAAAACAAUAUGAAAUUGGUGCUAAGAUCAUGACUAAAUCUUUAUUAUCAACUUUAAAAGAACGAUUUGUUGCUGAAAACUUUGCUACAAAAGCGAAACAAAAUGCUGAUGCUAAUAAAAUGAAAAGAUCUUGUAUUUGCAUAUAUAAUAUUCGAAAAGCUCAUACAGCAUUAGAUAUUGAAAAUUUAUCGGUAUUUCCAUAUGAAAAAGAAGUUCUUUUAAUUCCAUAUUCAGCAUUUAAAGUAGUCAAUAUUCAAGAAAUUAAUAAAGAAUAUGGAACUGAAAUUGAAAUUUAA